AUGGGUGGAGGUGGCUCUGCUCCCAUUGAAGGGGCUUGUGGAAGGGAGGUUGCCAUCCCGGAUGUAAAGGAUGCCGCUGCAGAUGCUGACAUCCUCAUCUUUGUGUUGCCCCACCAGUUUGUGCGCGGCGUGUGUAAACAGUUGCAAGGGACCAUGAAGGAGGGGGCUGUGGCUGUCACUCUCAUCAAGGGCUUUGAUGUGGCCGAGGGAGGAGGAAUCCUGCUCAUCUCAGAUGUAAUCCGAGAGAUGCUGAAGAUCCCAUGCACCAUCUUGAUGGGCGCCAACAUUGCCAAUGAGGUGGCUAAGGAAGACUAUUGUGAAGCCACUAUUGGGUGUAAGGACAAGGCCCUGGGAGCUAUCCUCAAGGACGCCUUCCAGACUGACUUCUCCAUUGUGGUGGUGGAAGAUGAGGAGACUGUGGAGGUCUGCGGAGCACUGAAGAACAUCGUGGCAGUAGGAGCUGGCAUCGCCCGACGGUCUCGCUAUGGAGACAACACCAAGGCAGCUGUCAUCAGACUCGGGCUGAUGGAGAUGGUCAAGUUCUGUGAGGUGUUUUACCCAGGUUCCUCUCAGGGCACAUUCUUGGAGAGUUGUGGAGUGGCUGACCUGGUCACCACCUGCUACGGAGGCCGAAACAGGAGGGUAGCUGAAGCCUUUGCUAAAACAGGCAAGACAAUUGAAGAGCUGGAGAAGGAAAUGCUGAAUGGCCAGAAGCUGCAAGGUCCCCCCACUGCCUUCGAGGUCAACUACAUGUUAAAGAACAAGGAUAUGGAGAGCAGAUUCCCCUUGUUCACAGCCAUCCACAGGAUAUGUAAGGGGGAGAUAAAGGUGUCUGCGUUCAUGGACUGCUUGAAGAACCACCCAGAGCACAUGUAGCAGUAUUCAUGUGUUCAUUGUCUUCAUCAGCUUUGUUAAAAAGAAAUGCAUCAAAACUUAAACUUGUUUGCCCUGCCUUCUGAAAUACCAUGAAAACAAAAUCUGCUUUCACCAGAUUGGGUCUCCUUUGAAAUUUUGUAGUUCAUGAUUUCAAGACUGAUAAAUGAGCAGAAAUAUUUUGAAUGAUAGGUUUAUUUUGUUGACUCUAAUUAGAAAUGUCAUCCCCAUGUACGUUGCUUAUAACAUCACGUUUAGAUUUACAUCCAUUGUGUCAUAGUUCCUGGUGACUGACUGGUGAUUAUGAAGAAGACUUGACACUGAUAAUGGUUGACUAUACACAUGCGCAAAACUUAAACACCACCUGAGUCAUAAGGAACAAGGACAAACUGUUAUGAAAAUACUGAUAAACUUUCACUUGUUCUAAUACAUCUCGUUGAAAUAGAUAAUGUUGAAAGAAAACAGCUUCUUUGUGUUACCAUGGAUACACUGAAGCCAUUCAUUAAGACUUUCACCAUUAACUUGCAUGUGAAGUGAAGUAAACUGCCAAUUGAUCAUUUCUGACAACCUUCAACCUUCUCCAUUAUGUUCACAUGGAACAUCAGCCUUCCUGGGCUUGUUUCACAAAGCUGUCGUAAGCCUAAAAUCUCGUAACUUUUCUCGUAGCAUUCAUACUUCCUAUACUGUAACAUAGGAAGUACGAAUGCUGCGAGAAAAGUAACGAGAUCUCAGACUUACAACAGCUUCGUGAAACGGGGUCUUGGACUGUAACUGAAGUUGUAGAAAUUUCAACCGUUAUUUUGGGCAAUCUACUAUUAAUGUAUGUAACAUCAUUUGGGCAAUCUACUAUGAUCAGUUUUAUUUAUUCAGUGUUAACUGGGGGCUGUUUAUUUUUUUGCGCAUAUAAUAUAUAAUUCAUAUUUCUAGUAGUUCACUUGUCAGUGAGUGGAAGCUGAUAUACAUCUCGUCAUCUUGCUAGUGUCAGUCUGCCAUUGUACUGUGUCCUGAGUUAGGCCAAGGCCCUGUUUUACAAGGUGAUGCUACCGUUGAGGCCAUUUGUUGACCACAUGCUACUUACACAGGUGUAAAACAAAGAUUGCUUAAGUGGAACAGGUCCCUGGGUUACUUGGACAUGUAUGUGGAGGCGUUCAUGUAUGUAGGUUAUGACAUAUGUGUACCAGCUUUGCUUGGAGGAUUUGGGGAUUAUCUUGCCUGAAUGAUUUAGGUGGUCAGUACAGUAUGGGAUUACCACUUAGUACAUGCAGGAAAGAUAAUCUGUAAAUGUGAGUCAAGUGAAUUCUGAAUACUUCCGAUAAAAUAUUUUAUCUUGUAAUUUGUAGAUAAAACUGCUACCUCAGAUCUGGCCUUGGGUCAAGGUUAAGGUAUUGUGUUUGAAAGUUGUGAAGUACACUCAAUAACUGUAGGUAGAUAUAUUUGUUGAACCACAAGUCGUAAGUUCUGCUACAUUCUGUGUGAGUGUAAAUACCAAUAUUCUGGUAUAUUGGUAUAUGAUCCCUGUUGCGUUACAUAAAUAUGUGUGUGCACGGUUGAGGGUAAGAGGGUAAAUAUCUCGCUUGAUCACAGAAAUGUUAGGUACACUUGUUGAGUGUCAUCAGAGAAGCAUCUAUCUCAGCAGCUAUCUCACACCAGCCAAACAGGAGACACAUCAUGUAGCAGAUGUCUCGAUCCCAGCAUUACGUCGGCAGGCAGUCGGCCAGCGGACAUUCAUGUGCCAAGUUGUUUUGUCUUGUGUUUCCUGCCCCCUUGUGUUAGCUAUUUGCAGUGUAAUCCAACAUGCAUGAUUUAUAUGGAGAUGUUAUCAUAGUCCCUAAUACACCAAAGCUUUAUAUGAUUUGUUCUUUCAGUAUGUAGAUGAAUGUUUGUUUUGAGGCCAGUGUACUCUGUUUGUCCCAUAGCAUAAGAUGCACACUAGACCCUGAUAAGCACACUAGACCCUGAUAAGCACACUAGACCCAGAUAAGCACACUAGACCCUGAUAAGCACACUAGACCCUGAUAAGCACACUAGACCCAUAUAAGCACACUAGACCCUGAUAGGCACACUAGACCCUGAUAAGCACACUAGACCCAGAUAAGCACACUACACCCAGAUAAGCACACUAGACCCUGAUAAGCACACUAGACCCAGAUAAGCACACUAGACCCAUAUAAGCACACUAGACCCUGAUAGGCACACUAGACCCUGAUAAGCACACUAGACCCAGAUAAGCACACUACACCCAGAUAAGCACACUAGACCCUGAUAAGCACACUAGACCCAGAUAAGCACACUAGACCCUGAUAAGCACACUAGACCCUGAUAAGCACACUAGACCCUGAUAAGCACACUAGACCCUGAUAAGCACACUAGACCUGAUAAGCACACUAGACCUGAUAAGCACACUAGACCAUGAUAAACACACUAGACCAUGAUAAGCACAUAGCAUUAAGUAGUUGCUAAUGAUUACGCACAUCUGCCUGAGCCACAGUUUAAAUGAUCAUAGGGAUUCUGUGAUAUGCUGAAUAUAUUUUUUUAAGCAAAAGUAAUUGUAUAUUUAUGAUUUUAAGAUGUUCAUCUCUAUAAAAUGGUUGUUAUUUGAAUAUAUACAAUGGGCAUUCAUAAUUGAUUCUUUUUACAACACACUCUUAUAGCCUACCUGAUUUCUUGCUUAUUGGAGACAAUGUAUAUUUUGAGUAGAAUAAUGAGAGUUUCAAGAUCAACAGAAUGUGUGUGCUGUGAAGGUUUUGGGUAAAGCUAGUCCAGAAUGAUGCUUCUCCCUGUGUCUUGGCCGAGGAAGAAACAGGAGGUAGCUCUAGUCGUAUCCCUGAAUCAAAUCAACGUUGGUACAUCAUGAAUGGCAUUAUACUUCAAACAGAAUAAUGAGCACCACGUUUCUUCAACAGGUCUACAUUUACUGGAGCAAUUUGCUUCAGGGGAACGAGUUAGUGAUGACUUCAUCAGAAGAUGGUUUUGCUAGCGAGUUAACAGACACAUGUAUUUGAGCACAUGUUAGAGAGAUCCAUGGUUAAAGUACAAACAGUUUCUUGUUUCUGGUUAACAAGCAUGUUUUACUUGAGACAUUCUUGGUUAAAGAAAACAGCAUUUUGUUAUGGUUACUUUUCGUACAUAUAUGUUCUAAAUUGCUCAAGUUUUGGUUUAGAUUAUUCCUAAAUAUGCAUGGAAUACAUACAUAGUUUGUAUGUCUACAUUGUGUGGUUUGUUUGUACUCAAGAUAUGCCUACUGAGUUACAUAUAUUUUGAUUAAUAUCUAUUGAUACUUUGUUUCACAAGUUAUGUUCUUGUUAUGUGUGCUUCUAAUGUUCUAUGAUGAUGAUGAUGAUGAUGAUGAUGAUGAUCAAACAAUGUGUUAGUAUUCUGUGUGUGAUGUCAGUGUUGUUAUAAUCUACAGGCAUUGUAUGUUAUAUAUUCGAUUGUAUAAUCAUUUAUUUCCUUGAUCAAACGUUUUCUCUUUGAUUUUAUAAUGUAUAUCUUUAUCUUUAUUUGAUGUUCUUGUCACUUAAACAGUCAUAUGGUGUUCUGUGGACACUUCAGCUGACAUGUCAGACAUCUCUGUGUGGACAGGUCACUUCCUCUGUCCAAUCAACAUGGUUGUUCCAUGUCGAGGACCAUGCCUACUCUCAGGUCAUACCGAACAUUGCACGUCUAUCUUAGACAUAUUUUACAACAGUUUCUGUCAACAAUCUUCAGCUCCAUCAACAUAAUAUGCCAACAAGAUGACUCACGUGUUGCCAUAGUAACCACUAAGUAGUACUAGGUGUCUCCAUGGAUGUCAUUCCUUGAUGAGAUGCUUCGGGGAUCUGUUUAGAAGUUGUUGACUAACAAGAAAGUAACAUACUAUUUGGAUAACAACUUCUUUAUUACAUAAGAUGCGAUGUUGCUUGACAACGGUAUCUAUACCAAACUGUCGCAUCAUAUAUAAUAAAGGAGUUGUUGUCCCUAUAGUGUCUUACUUUCUUAUGCUUCGUUAGCAAAGCAUGAACUGUGAGUAGGAUCUAGAGGCACUGUUGUUUGGUAACGAUUACCACAUACCUGGUACUUCUGAUCUGGUCAGCAUGUGUCAGCCAGACAAUGCUCUGUUCCACAAUUGGAUCUAUGACUGAAAUCAGUGUCUGACAGUCAUAGUUACAAACAUCUUGGCGCUAAUUACGUUGAUGACAGGGCGGACCAUGUUCACUGCUAGGCUUCAUGACAUAUCAGCUGGAGAGUCAACUAGUAACACUUAUUACAUACGAGUAAUCAGAUCAGUUUAUUGUCAUGUUGUUUCUCUAUAGCAUUUACAGUGUUGCAUAACAAUGUAUUCCAAUAAAUAUUAUAUGACAGCUUAACCAAAGCUUAUUGAAAGGAAUCUGUAUUAUAUGUAAUGAUGGAUGUAUACUUGGAUGUGUGAUAAAUAUCAGUCAUCUCCUUUGAAAAUUGGUAUGUUGGGGGGAUAGUUGGUAUUUCUAACGAUGACAAAUUAACAAAUUCAUCUGAACUGAAAAUGUAAAAGACUAAUAAUACAUUUGUGAUUCCACAGCUACUCAGAUAAUGGGAAAUCACUAAUGAUGUAUUUGUCAUUUUAUGACUUGUUGUGAUUAGGGUUUUUCAAGUGAGGUGGCUAUGUAUACUUACAUCCUUGUACAUUUAUAUGACACAUUGUAACAAAACAAUGACAUGAAAUCAUUUUAAUGACCAUUCUAAGGAUUUAAUAGAUAUUUAAUAGAUAUUCGCUUAUGGCAAACCAGCGGGUACCUUCAAUAUUGCUGAAGGUGGCAGCCUGAUGGAACAUUCACACAGUAAAAACAUGUCCUAUUAGCAGUUAUGUAGAAAAUAAGAGCCAGUCAUGUUUUGAUGUCAGGAUCCCAGUAUUUUCCACACAAUGUAUGUGAUCUUUCAGAAAGCCAACUGUCUACUUACAGUUUGUUUGAUGUGAAGAGAUGUGUCUUCCACUGCCAGGAAAGAACAAGGGUGGUGCAAUCAACAUCUAGCGCAUUGAGCACCUGUCGAUAGAUACCAGGCACUUUAGAAAUCAAUUAUUAUUAUUAUCUGUAGGGAGUUUACUAAUCCAUUACUGUCAGUCCCCGAGAUCUAUAAAACUUCACAAGUUGUGCAGGUACUUGUACUAAUCUGACUUGAAAAUAGCUUUGCUUUUCACCUUUGAUGUAUCCGAAUCACACAAGCUGUUUCAUGGUUGACUUUGGUUUUGAUUUGAUUCCCACAUUCCAUACCUUCUAAAACUGGUGCUGUGAUUGGAGAUCCACUGUCUGCUAUGGGAAUGUUGGUACCGAACUGACCUGAUCAGUAUGGUUAUCUGCUCUUUACAAUAACUGUAUUUAUUGCUACAUGUUUAUACAUCUGGACAUCAAGGAAGAUGUUAGGUCAUCACUGACAAAUAUUCAAGUCUCAAUACUUCAGUUGUGAGAGUUUUAAAAAUGACCUGAGAUUUCAGAAGAACAUAAGGACAAAAGCUUGUGUCUCAGAUGUCAGUUCCUUGGUGUCUUCUCUGGCCCAUGCAAGCAUACUGCUCACUUGAAAUGUGUACAUCGUUGUGAUCUUAUACAUGCGCUGGUCACAGUCUUCAGAUAUACACCGACUUUACUGACUGCAAUUACUGUUUUGUUUUGCUACUGUUUAAUCCUAACACAGAUGUCCUACGGGUCAUGUGAAAUAAUUUCUGUUUGUCUUUUUACAAAACAAGUGCCUGAAUAAAUUUUUACUGGCA